AUGAAAGGAGUCUCUAAAAGAAGUAUUGAAAGAUUAUCAAAUGCACACAUACAAAAGAAGAUGGAUCUGUGCGAGUUAACGACUAUGUAUAACGGUAUUCUUUACAGCUUACAAACAGCAUAUCAAAUAAAUACUUCUUUCAAUGUUAAGAAAAGGAGAUUAUACAUAAGCACUGCUGAAAGACGGUUAAUUCCGAAAAACACAAUCCUUGACUAA